AGGCAGGCAGGCAGGCAGGCAGGCAGACAGACAUAGAGAGAAAGAGAGACCUCAGGGGCAUAACUCAGACACUGAAACAGUCAUCACCUUCCAAGGACCAGAACAAUACAAAUGGAAAUAUAGGCUAAUUCAAACUUUAAAAGAUCAACUUUCAGAUAUCCUGACACCAGGAAAGGACUGAGGACUAUUCAUACCUGUCCCCAAGGAGAGGAUAAGGACAGCCCAAGGACAGACGCACAGCAGCAUCAGGAGGAGGUGACAGAGAGACUACAGACUAACUGACCAUGGCAUCAUUCGAACCUCCGGGCCAGUCUCCUCCUUGCUGUGGCCCACAGUUCCCCAGCCUGGGCCAGGAACCUCCAGAACUCAGCAUGUACAGUGACUGCUACUACCCUCCUCCAUCGCUCCCCAGCCCCCAGCGCACCACCCCCACCUCCUACGACUACAGCACCUCGUCCCCCAAUCCUUACCCGUGGUUCAACGGAUCCGGCAUCAACGCUCCCCCAUACCUGGCCACCGCCGGGCCCCCAGGUAACCCUGGGCCCCCCUUCGUCCCCCAGCACUACGGGAUGCAGAGGCCCUACCUGGGGCCCGGCAGGGCGGGGGGCCCUGGGGGGGAGCUGGGUUGGUUCUCUCUGCCCUCACAGGAAGACCUGAUGAAGCUGGUCCGCCCGCCCUACUCCUACUCCGCCCUCAUCGCCAUGGCAAUCCACGGCGCCCCGGGGCGGCGGCUGACCCUGAGUCAGAUCUACCAAUACGUGGCUAAUAACUUCCCCUUCUACAACAAGAGCAAGGCCGGCUGGCAGAACUCCAUCAGGCACAACCUGUCACUCAACGACUGCUUUAAGAAGGUCCCCAGAGAUGAGGAUGACCCUGGUAAGGGUAACUACUGGACACUAGACCCAAACUGUGAGAAGAUGUUUGACAACGGAAACUUUCGUCGUAAAAGGAAGAGGAAGUCUGAAUCGCUGUCUGGAGGAGAGGGGGGGUCAGGGGGGCCGGAGUCAGGUGACCCCAACAACCGGGGGAGCCCCCAACCCCCCAGCAACCACGGGAUCGACAUGUCUCCCACGCCAGAGAGAAUCCCCUCCCCUUCCUCCUCAGGUCCCGCUCCUUGCCUGAGCAGCUUCCUGUCUGAGAUGUCUGGAGUGGUGUCUGGUGGAGCCAAUGAGAUCGUAGGAGAUUCGCUGAACCGGGCCCUGCCCAUAACCCUUACCCUGGACGGGACCCAGAGGCCUACACAGCCUGGGGGUUUUAGUAGUUACUCCCCCAGCUCAGGUCCUUCGGAGUGGGCCUCCCAGCUGCCGCCUCCCCCUGGCCUGUCUUCCUCGCCCACCCACUCUUCCCUUGGUUACAGCAGCCCCAUCCUCAGCCAGUUCAAUGGGCAUUUCUGCCCUGGCUUGGGCUCAGCAAGCAUCCUAUACCCACGGGAAGGCACAGAGGUCUGAACAGACUGAUAGAGGGAGAUAGAGGGAUGGCCAGAAGUUAGCUAGAGGUCUAAAGACACUAAAGAAAGAAGGAGAGUGAGAAAGAGAGACACGUUUCUACCUGAGACUGAACUGAACCCUCUGCUGACACACACACACACACACACACACACACAAACACACACACACACACACACAAACACACACACACACACACAAACACACACACACACACUCAGUAGUCAGUUAGUGCUGACAGGGCAGGACUCAGUUGCGUGUGACAGCAGGAUGAGCAGAGCCUGGUUCCCACGGAAACAGCCGAGUCAGCCAUGAUGAUGCUUCACACACACACACACACACCUGUUUAAGCAUCUAUAAUUGCUGACUGUCAUGGGUGACAGUUUUAAUUUGUAUAUAUUUUUAUUUAACGUGUUUGUUUUAUUGUUUAUAUAUGUUAUUUUAAUGUUUGUGUAUGUGUUUUUAUCUCUGAGUGCUUGGGUCUAACAUAUUUGUUCAACAUUGUAGAAUAUUGUUUUGCGAUGGAUGGCUCAGACCUGGGUUGAAAUAUAUGUGUUUUGUUAUUUGAAUACUUUUUUCUGUGUAUUUUCAAAUACACAGCUCAAAACAAGUAUUUUUAUUUGAGUAUUUUAAUGGUUAUUUGUAAAAAACUAAUAGUUGACCACAUUUAAUUUGAAAGUAUUUUCAAAUAUUUAUUUAAAAUACUAUUUUUUAAAUAUCUGGGUUAAAUGCAUGGGAGUGUAUUUGAGUCAGUUUAUUUGAGUAUUUCCAAAUAAAUUCCAAUAUUCAACAACUUGUUUUUUCAAAUAAAUUUGAUAUGAAUAUUUAUUUUGAACUGUAUUGAAAAGUGUUUGAAAUACCUGAAAUAGUAUUUGAACCCAGGUCUGGUAUGACUUAUACCAACAUUGGUCUGAUGUUUGUUUUUGAUAAGAAUAAUAAAAUACAGAGAAACGUUCUCUGAGGUGUAAUCUUCUUACUCUUUUUAACUCUGAAAAAGCCUGCCUAGCUAGUGUUGUAGGGGAGUUAUCUGUCCAAACAAAUCUUUGUGAAAGAUGGUUAAUGGUCUCAAACCUUCAGUGAAAAAUGACCCUCCUAAAAAACACAGGUAGGACAGAAACAGUCCUGUCAGAGAAACGAUGACCAGUGAACCAGGGAAACCUGCUUGUCAGAGUAACUUGAUCCUACGGUAUGAUAAGGAUAUACUGAUGGGUGGAUGGUUAGAUGAAGCCUGGAGGGUUAACUGACUGUUGUAAAACGGUGAGAAUCCCCAUACCUCACCCCUCUCUCUUCUCUCUACUCUCACACAAUAACUCACCCCUUUUCUCCAAGUCCUGCUGACUGGACAAGACUGGGAUUUAGGGAAGGAGAGAAGGAGGGAGUUUAUGGAGGUAAAAUAGUGACUUAAUUAUACAAGCUUGUAAAGUAUGAUUUGCACUUGUAAAAUAUGAGUUGCACCUGUAUACUGAGUUUUGUAGUUGAAAGAAAUAUUUGCAAACAUGUAACUUCUGUUGAGAAUAAAUGCAACUCGCAAGCAGGUAAUGUGAUGGGUGAAUAAAUACAACACGUUCAAACAUGUAAAUUGAUAUGUAAACAAAUUUAAGAAGAUUUGCACGCAACUACAUUUGAG